AUGACUGGGCCCGCCGCAUGGCUCCGAACACCGCCCCUGCAGGGUACAAGUCCAUGUGUCCUCACCUGUAUUUCCCGCCCGAAUUUAGUGUCACCAGUUGCUGAUCGUCUACGAAGGGUAAUUUCCCUCUAUCCCUGGGGACAGACUGGCCUCGGCUUGCCUUUGAUUAAAGAAACACAAAAUGAGGGAACAUACCAUCAAGAUUGGAGUGCUGUCAAUGGUAGUGUCAUCUCUGAGUCUGAGAAUCAGGACAGUGCCAUUGUUGACGCUUCCUUAUUAGCAAGUAAGAAGCCAAAGACGGAAACAUUUAGACCGCAGACUCAGAUUCAUUCCCAAGGACUCAGCAGCAGUACCAGUACUGUGAGCGAGGUAGCAACAAUAAUGUUCGUGUCACAUCCAUGGAAGAUCCUCUAGUCACUCCUUCACAGUAUAGAGGUGAAGGCCAUAGUAAUUUAAGUAGUGUUGUACGUAAAGGCUCUUCCUCAGAGACACGCCUCUUAUUUAACACUGAUGGUGAUGCUGAUGAUGAGGAAAACAAGUAUAAGAGAAGAUCAGCUAUUGAAUGGUUCAGCAGGUGGUGGAG